AUGCAUUCCCACCUUCAUACACCCUACAACGUCAACUGCGAGGAAAUCAUGACCGCCCUCGACGAAUGCCACGCCCAAGGCUUCCUUAUCAAGGCCAUGGGAGCUUGCAAUGAUAUCAAGCGCGAUGUGAACAAAUGCCUCUCUGGAGAGCGCUUCGACCGCGCAAAGCGCAAUCGGGACGAGGCACGAGCCAAGCGUCAACGUAUCGAGGCAAUUUGGGCCAAGGAGCGCGAGAUCAGCCAAGGCCCUUCCCCUGCUCCCGCCGCAGCUACUGAGACUUCGAAACAAUGA